AAUGUGGCCCGUUGGUCUUUUUAAUCUUGCCUGCCGACUCUCGCGCGAGACUUGGACUAACGCUGGCCCAGCCCGUCUGUCAACCCCCCGGCCCAUCUUUUGGCCCCUUAGCCAAAAAGUUUGCCCACCCCUGGUCUAAAUGUUCUAGGGAGUAGAAAUGCUGUGUAUUUAGCAGCCAAAGCUAGCCAUGUAUGGGCUGACAUAGGCUGUCAAAUUGGCCCCUACAUAUAAGGUCAAGAUCUACUUGGCCUCUUUAUGGGGCCAAAGCAAAGGCCUGCCCAGUCAGGAAUAUAUAUUGUGGGAAUCAGCAAGAUAUACAUCCAUGAUGGGAAAGGUGCAAAUCACUUGGUGCAAAAAAAUUAAAUAAAAACAAAUUCAACAGUAAAGUUAUUGCCAUCAUUCAAACAUUAGCUUUGAUGAUUAGAUAAAAAGGAAGAUGAAGGAACCUGAUUGGUUGCUCAUUUUUUUAGUAUGGAGUGAUUCGGAUCCUGUUAGGCUGACCCAGAAAUCAAAAAUAUCAAUUCCUGAGACCAGUCAUUGCCAGAGUAGCCAUUUACAGACUGUAUGUAGAGGGAAAGUCUGGUAAAUCUUACAUCAAUAAUGAUAAUAAACAAUUAUAAUACAUAUAUUGCGUGAAGAUAAAGUCAUUAUGACACAAUUCGUUUUUGAAUCUAACGCAACCUGAGAGAAUUGUAGUUUAAACACAUGUGGGUAGCGCCGUCAAGCUGUAAUAGAAAAAACUACAAUUCCCAGAAGACACCUGGCGGGAGGGCCGGCUGACUCAAGUAUCGCCCUAGCUGAUUGGAUGCUUCAAUGGUUCUGUAUUGACCUGGGUGCGUGAUUAGUUAAGCUUGCGGAGGCGGGUUGUUUGGAUGGUGCAGUUGAGAGGAAGGCAUCUGGCGGUAGGGGACCCGCGUAGUACCUUGUACCAGAGCUCGUAAGGUGGGGUACAGCUGUGAAUUGAAAAAGGCUGGAAAAUAUGGACUUUUCACCCCACCGUGGCAUGCAUGAAGGAAGGUCUCCUUCCCUUCAAGAUACCACCAUGAGCUCCAGCCACACCCAGAAGAACCGAGGGGACUCCACUCCGCUGCCUCCAAUCAACGAGCGCCUGGCUUUCCUGCGGCCGCCCAGAGAGCUGUUAGAGUAUUACCGCAAGAAGAUCGCUGAGUUUGAUGAGGAACACGAGGAUCUGGUAAAGCAACUGGAGCAAUACAAAGCUACCUUUGAGGAGCAGGUCACCAUUCCCCAACGUGCUGUUCAGUCUGGGGAUCCAUACGCCCGGAAACUGCAACGUUCAGGCCAGGCAGGUACCAAACAAGCACCUCUGAAAGCACCGGGGAAGCAAGACAGAAGCAAAGAGGGCAAGAAAGAAGAUCCCCAGAUUCUUUUGCUUCAGGUGGAGGCGCUGCAGGCCCAGCUGGAAGAGCAGACACGACUAUCCAAAGAGCAGAUAGAGACUCUGUUAGAGGACAGGAAGGUCCGCGUGGAAGAAACCCAGGUGCAGCACCAAAGAGACCAGGACAAAAUGAAAUCUAUGACAGAUAAGCUGAAUAAGACCCAGAAAUUGCUGUACGAGAGCACCAGGGAUUUCCUGCAACUGAAAUAAUUUGAGUGCCGAGCCAAUGAGAAAUCUUGGAUGGCCGAGAAAGAUCGGCUGCUCCGAGAGCUAGACCGGUGCCGAGAGCAGUUGGCUUUAAGUAGUGACACAGAGCAAGAGCGGGAACACGAGCGAGAGAUCCUGCGUUUGUCAUUGGUCGAGAAAGCAAGUCGGCACUCGCACAGUGAGGAAGUGAAGGUCUCUUACAGAGCAGCUGGCACAAGCACAUCGCCUCGCUGAAAUGUACCGGGAGCAGUGUGUGACACUGGAGGAUGAGCUGGGAAAGAUACGAGAGGAGGGAGACGUGGGCAGGGAAAUCUUCAAGGAACGUUCAGAUAAGGUGGCCAAGCGGCUGCAAUUGAUGGCGCAGAGAUACGAGGCUCUGGAGAAAAGGCGCAACAUGGAGGUAGAGGGCUAUAAGACUGACAUCAAGCUGCUGAGACAGCGGUUAAAGGAUGUAGAGAAGCAACUAUUCAAG